CUGCUGCGGUUUCCAGGCUCCCCGAUCACACUGCCCUGCUCUAGGAAAACAAAGCUCCAUUUCCACGAAAUCUUUUAUUUUCCCGCCUCUGAAGAUCAUAGACUUUAAUUGCCAGCCAAGCCGGGGCCCCCGGGUGCAGCUCCGGAGAAGGUGGCCGUGCAGGAGAGGCCGAACCGGGGAGGUUGUUUAUCUAUAGUAUUGGGGGGGGCCUUGAAACCGCCGAUGUCCCAUUUCCUCUGUUGUUUUGCUUCUCUCAGUCUGGAUUCUCCAUGUUGAACCAGUUCUGAGAUUUGGGCUGGGACCUGCCUCUGCAUGCAUGCAUGUAUAUCUAUUUACUCUAGCGCUAUUUUCGGCUGCAAGCGGCAUCUCCGUAGCAGAUUACAGGGAGGAGGAUUGCAGCGACAGUGAGAGGGGGAGAAUCGAGGAUUUGCCACCGGCUGGGCGGAGAGCUGCGGAUCCGAUCUGGGAGAGACGAGAGCUCAGCACUGGAUCCGUGCAAGUGUUAGAUGGAAAGCAGCUGUAUCAUCGCUCAAGUGCAGAGAGAAGAGGCGCUUGUGUAUCCAAAGCAAGGACUGGUGUCCAGGCCCUCACCAAAGAAGCCUAGGAGUCGGAGCAUCUUCAAGGCGCUCUUCUGUUGCCUAAGUGCACAGAAUGUUAGCAGACCAGGGGGCUCCGGUGAGCCUCCCACCCAAAAAGAGGAAGCACAAUCUACUCCAAAGUCGGAUCUGCUCCAGUGUCUCCAGUAUCAGUUUUACCAGAUUCCAGGCACCUCUUUGCUCCCUGAGGUAACACCAAAAGAUAAUGGGAAAAUAUGCAUGGUGAUAGAUUUGGAUGAAACAUUGGUCCAUAGCUCUUUUAAGCCAAUCAGCAAUGCGGAUUUUAUAGUGCCGGUGGAGAUUGAGGGGACUACACAUCAGGUAUACGUUCUUAAGAGGCCUUAUGUGGAUGAGUUUCUGGAGAGAAUGGGGGAGCUCUAUGAAUGUGUACUGUUUACCGCUAGUCUUGCCAAGUAUGCUGAUCCGGUCACAGAUCUUCUAGACAAGGAAGGGGUCUUCCGCUCCCGUCUCUUCAGGGAAGCUUGUGUCUUCCACCAAGGCUGUUAUGUCAAAGACUUGAGCCGUUUAGGAAGAGACCUAAAGAAAACUAUCAUUUUAGAUAACUCUCCUGCAUCGUACAUCUUCCACCCAGAAAAUGCAGUACCUGUGCAGUCGUGGUUUGAUGACAUGGGAGACACAGAACUUUUGAGUCUCAUCCCAAUCUUUGAGGAGCUCAGCUGUUCUGAGGACAUUUAUACAAGUCUUGGGCAGCUGAGGGCACCUUGAGGCUCCUUGUCUUGCCUUGAUUUUUUUUCAGGGGACUUUUUAUAUCUUAAAUAUUCUUUUAUUUUAUUUUUUCUCUUAAAUAAUUUCUCACACUCGCAGUGCCUUUGGCCUCAGAGGAAGAGGAACAAAAUGGAAAUUCACGAUUGGGCAGAUUGAGGAUUUCUUGGGGAAUUCACCUGCCCUUACCAAGCAAACUGGCUACAGCUCACACUCCUUAUGGCUUGCAUGCCUGGUGGCGUGUUGGCAGCGAAUGCAGGGAUCUAUAAAUGCCAUAACGUUGGUGCACUAGUAGGAGAAAGUGUCCUUUUCAAUAAUGGUACCAUGUACCUAUCUUUUCUAGUUCUCCACUGCUAUUUAGUCUGCAUAUCAUUGAAUUUUGUCAAGCUGUAACAUGUACAGGAGGUUGUAUGGUCAUGAUACUGAUAAAUGAAAAGAUACAGGUACUUUAGCUUAAUAUGUUAAUGCACAUGUGGGAUUAGGCACCUUACACAGGUCUAUGUGGGGAACAUAUUGCUGAGACAACAACAUUAUAAGAGAGCAAGACGGCUCUGAUAUAUGUGCACAUUCUCAUCCCAUCUCCUCUGUUCCCAGCAUUCCCUACAUGAUGACGUCUGUUCUAUGCAUGUUCUUCGCUGAAUGCACUUGGCUAGGUCAUGUUUGUGGUGGCACACACUGGCAUUUAGUGCCUUUCCCGACCAGCUUUUAUUAUGGGAAAAUAUGCUUCCAUGCCAUGAUAUUUUCCUUUUUAAUCUCAUUUGCAUAACUAAAGAUUAUUCCAACACACCUGUACAGAGAUGUACGUGUGACAUUAAUAUUCCUAUCACGGCCAGUACAAUUCCAUAUUUUGUUUGUAUUGCGAUUUAUAACACUGGAAUCAUCCAAGAUGGAAGCAUCAUGGUCCGGGUUUAGAAAUGGUUCAGGGAAUCGUAAGAUAGACAGCAAACACCAACUUGAAAGUCAAAGCCAAUGAUAUAUAGGUUACUGUUUAUCACUAGGACAUGCAUAGGAAAUAGAAAACAUAUUAUUGAUAAUAGGCAAUGGGGAAUAAUAGGACUACUAUCACUGGUUACCGCCAUAUACUCUAUGCCUCAGUGCCUUUAGCAGCAAAACUUCUCCCCAUUUACUUUUUUAUCCAAAAAAUAUAAAAGCCAAAGGGAUUUAUAGUAAUUUUUAAUGUUCUUCAGCCACUCCAAGGUUAUUUUUAUUUUUUAAUUGUUGAUGAGGAAAAAGAAAAAAAAGAUAUUUGUUAACUGGCUCCUAUGAAAGCUUUAAUUUGGGUCACUAUGGACAGUUUGAAUUUAGUAUUUUUAAGAUGGCAUUAGCUAGUUUAUACCUGGUAAUGACCAUACACUACAAAGGCUGUGCCUUAUUAUAGCAAGGGGAAUACAAACAUUCUAGUUUGUCUUGCAUAAUUCCAAUGGUAACCAGCGCUAUCCAGCUGUAAGACUGGUUUUAGCCUAUUUAUGCCAGUACUGGGUCAUUGAGCAGGUAAUACAGGAAAACCAUGCAGUGCCUUUUUGGCUGCUAAAAACACACCUAUUAAAAGCAGAGGUCUGAAAAUGUAAAACAUAUAGAUACGGAGCUGGUUUUAUUUACUCCGGUAAUUUAAUCCCCUGUAGCUCUCAUCUACUGGCCUGUUGAAGUUUGCGAUCUACAGGAUUCUGCAGGACUGUUACAAAAUACUGAGUGGACCUCAGGGGCAACAGGUAGAAAAAUGAUCCAUUGUACGGCAUGGCAGCUUCAAUGCCGUUUCAGCCAUUCUUUGAAACUAACCGAUCUGGAAAAUGUUGAAAUCCUUAUGCAGACGGAGAAACGUACAUUCCUGGGUGUCUUUCUAUCGUGUCAGGAUGUGCAUCCGGCAUCUGACCUUGAAUGAGGGUCUGCAAAAAGUAUUAGAUUUAUUCUUCAUUGUACGUUGAGCAGCUGUUGGAUGGACUUUCAGCACAUUGCUGUAUUUAAGGUUCUACCAGACUGACUGAAUGAAUUUUAAUUAUUAAAAUAUGUAAUCCCUCUAACAGAGCAUGUAAUAAAAUCUAUUUUUAUGCCCUA